AUGGUUUUGUACACUUCCCCAUUUCCCAACAGCUUUCUGUCAGUUCUGCAUUCUUUUUCCUGGGGCCUGAUUUUCCCAUGCUACUGGUUAGCAGAUAGGCUUGUGGCCUCUUUUGUUCCUACCACCUAUGAAAAACGUCAGAGAGCAGAUGACCCAUGCUAUUUCCAUGCACUCUGCAUCAUUAUUACCACUCCCAUCUACUUGGCACUGUUGGUAGCCUCUCUCCCUUUUGCUCUGAUUGGCUUCUUGUUAUGGUCUCCACUGCAGUCAGCCAGAAGGCCAUACAUCUACUCCAGGCUAGAAGACAAGAACCAUGCCAACGGAGCCACGCUGCUCACCGAAUGGAAGGCUGCAGGGAACGGGAAAAGCUUCUGCUUUGGCAGCGCCAACGUUUGCCUGCUGCCAGAUUCGCUGGCAAGAUUUAAUAAUGUUUUCAAUACACAGGCUAGGGCUAAAGAGAUUGGCCGGAGGAUCCGAAAUGGGGCAAGCAGACCACAAAUCAAAAUAUAUAUAGAUUCUCCUACCAACACAUCUAUCAGUGCAGCCAGUUUUAGCAGCUUGGUCUCCCCCCAGGGUGGCGACAGCACUAAUCGUGCUGUUAAUGCUGGCAUCAAAAGGACAACAUCAAUGGAGUAUAAAGGAGACAAUUCUGGCUCAAACAACAGUGAGGAUAGUAGAGAAGAUAAAGGUGGAGCUGGAGAGCCAAAUGAGGGAGAAGAAAACAGUUGCAUUGUCCGCAUUAACGGAGAGGAUAAUGGCCACAUGUCAGACACAGAAACAGAUACCAUCAAUUGCCAGGCUCAUUCGGGUGGCCCAGCAGAGCCGUCCCUGGAAGGUGACGCAGAGAUCUCAAAAACACCUAACCACAAACAAAAAGAAGGAGAUUCUGGGAGUUUAGACAGCUACUCUGCCUCACGAGAGUCCUUAGUUAAAGUUCGCGUUGGAGAUGGCAUGGUGGACCAAAGCACUGUCAACAACAAGCUCCUCUACAAAGCUUCAAUCAUGAAGAAGACUUCAGUGCGGAAAAAGAAACAUACAGAUGAGACCUUUGAUCAUGAGAUCUCUGCUUUCUUCCCUGCCAACUUGGACUUUCUGUGUUUGCAGGAAGUGUUUGACAAAAGAGCUGCGGAGAAAUUGAAAGAGCAGCUUCAUCACUAUUUUGAAUACAUUCUCUAUGAUGUUGGGGUUUACAGUUGCCACGGCUGCUGUAGCUUUAAGUUUGUGAACAGUGGUCUACUUUUUGCCAGCCGCUAUCCUGUUAUGGAUGCUGCCUAUCACUGUUACCCCAACGGAAGAGGAACGGACUCCUUGGCUUCCAAGGGAGCCUUGUUUCUCAAGGUGCAAGUGGGAAGUACACCUCAGGACCAAAGAAUUGUGGGAUACAUUUCCUGCACUCAUUUGCAAGCUAUUGCAGGAGAUACUACUGUUCGAUGUGAGCAACUGGAUAUGCUUCAAGAUUGGCUGUCUGAAUUCAGAAAAUCUACCUCCUCCUCCAGUACAGCCAAUCCAGAGGAGCUGGUGGCUUUUGAUGUCAUCUGUGGAGAUCUCAACUUUGAUAACUGCUCCUCUGACGACAAGCUGGAGCAACAGCAUUCACUGUUUACGCACUACAAAGACCCAUGUCGAAUUGGUCCUGGGGAGGAUAAACCAUGGGCAAUCGGUACCUUGUUGGAUCCUGAAGGAUUAUAUGAUGAAGAAGUGUGCUCUCCAGAUAACCUACAGAAAGUGCUGGAAAGUGAAGAAGGAAGGAAAGGAUACUUAGUCUAUCCCACCAGCAAGAACCACAGUUCCAGCCAGAAGGGGAGGAAGGCAUCAUUGAAAGGAAACGGAAGGAGGAUUGACUAUAUGCUCUAUACAGAAGAAGGUCUCUACCUAGAAUGGAAAGUGGAAGUGGAGGAGUUCAGCUUUAUUACCCAGUUAGCAGGCUUGACAGACCACCUACCAGUAGCAAUGCGUCUCAUGGUGUCUACAGGAGAAGAUGACCCUUAAAACUGACCAGCUUUGAGAGAUCAGAAGAGGGAAACAUUAAUGAUAUUAAGAAUAUAUCAGAGAGAACAAACUUAUUCUGGUGCCAUGUUAGGCAAGAUGACCAGACCUGACCUGGGCUCCUCCAAGAAUGUACCAGCAAUGGUGGAUAUAAAAAGGGAAGAAAUGGAAGCAGCUGUGGCCAAAAGCCACAGUCACAAGUUGCUCAGGCAACAGGGCAGGCCUGUACUACAAUGCUUUCACUGUGGACUGAAGAGAACCAAGAUGGAAGUCCUAAUUCCUUCUGAACCAGUGCCAUUCUUACUAAAACAUGUUUUUAUACUAAUAUAUAGCACAAUUUAGUUUGUAAUUAGUCUGUGAGUUAGUGCUGCUCAAUGGGUUUUUGCAUCAUUUCUUUGUAUAACUAAUAAGCUGAAGCUUUUUUCUUUUUUUUAGCCUGUUAAAGUUGUAGUAGCGUGCUUGCAUCAGUAGCAUGCGCCCGCACUGCAUGCCACUCUGAGAUAAAAUAGUAAGAUACCGUGGGGAGUAUCAGAAUGGAAUUGAGUUCAAAAAUCAGGUACCAGCCAAAGCAAGGCAUUCUGGGACUGGCAAACCCUUCUGUCAUUACAGAUAGACCUGAAAACAAACACACACAAACUCUAUUCGAUUUGCAGACCAGUAUCUUCCUGUCCAACUUAAGGAUACUUAAAACAUUUGGAAUUAAGAC